CAGAUGCGCGCGGCUGUAAGAAAGCCAUGUCAAUCUGCACCCUUUCAACAGUCUAGAUUUAUUACUUCUAAACAAAAUAGCUUUUUUGGCUUCUCAUACUCUUACAAUUGUGUUUUGAUUCUUGCUUGAAUAGUCGCUAAGAUUAUAUUUGGUUAUGAUCUUGGCAAAAUAACUAUUUUGGAUGCAGCAGUUGUUAGCUAGAAUGCUAACGCUCAUUGCUAGGCUGUAGCAAAGGCGAGCUGAAGAGCCAUUUUAUUGGUUGAAGUGUUGUUGUUUUUUGAAGUAUAAUGCGCUUAAUUUCUGAUGAUGACUCAAACAUUAUAUUAAGCAGGACAUUUAAUACGAGCCUUAAAAUCUCAAAAAAAGUGUGAAAUGCACUCAUAAGCAACAUGUAAAUAGAUGCUUUUUUGCUGGCGUUCUAUAAGAACUCCCCUCUGUUUCCCACCAAUUUGCACUUAUCGCCCUCGUGCGGCAAUGUUUGCAAACACAGAAAGGGGUCUGUACUAUAAUGUUUUUCAUCAAUGCGUGCAGGACCAAAAUGGAGGAAAUGUCGAAGUGCUAUCACUUGUUAAAGCACGAGUCACUCUAGCCAAACGAUAUCCCCGCGCGUCCUCGUGGCUUGCAAUAUAAUUGGCUAACUACCAAACCUUCCUGCAGGACCAUGAGGGACGAAGUCUGAUCCAGGCUCAAUGAAACAGAAAAUAGACUCCAAUGACACUUGACUGCUUUGCAAGACAAGCAGUUAUUCUGUCAUGUUAGUUCAAUAACACCUGCGUUUUAUUAGCCAUGACUAUGAGAUCAACUUUGUUUGCUAAUGCAGGAUUUAAGCUGGACACAGAGAAACUUGACUUUGACAAAUCACAAGUGGGAACUGCAAACGUCGUGAAUUCCAUAACCAUCAAGAGAGAAUCCUGUGACUUUGUCAUUGAUGUCCAUGACGUACAUGGGGCAAUCCACAAGACUGGAGGGGAGCUCCUCAGCAAAACAAAGCUCCUAGACCAGAAUUACAUCAUUCGGACCCCAGUGGCUGCUCAAAAUAAAGCGGAAGGGGCACUGGUUCAAGGCGACAAUUGGGGAAGCACAGGGGUGCUGUCAUCUUCCGUCAGACAAAUGGGGGGUGAGGGAAUCCCAAUUAAAGGUAAACUCAUUCUGAGUGACAGUAUGGAUAAUACAGAGUUGGUUUCAAACAAUAACUCCAAGGAUGCUGGUACUGAUGAGAGCACCAGAGGGGUCUCCCCUGGAGGAGUUGUCAACACUGCAUCCAUUGAGCUCAGCACAGAGGGCAAGUGGAGGAACAUCAGGAAAACCCCUGCUAACCCUCACACACAGGCCACCUGCCUCCAGCAGAUUCUCCUGCUUCAGCUGGACUUGAUUGAACAACAGCAACAACAGCUGCAGUCCAAGGACAAGGAGAUAGAUGAGCUGAAAGCGGACAAGGAGACGUUGCUGGCUCGUAUUGAGCGUAUGGAGCGCCGUUUGCAGCUGACGAGGAAAGACCCACGUGAUAAGCGCCUAUUUCAGCCGCUACAGCCCUGGACCCCAGAUAAAGAGGACCUGUGGGAUCUAGAAGUGGGUGACAGCCCCCAGACUCCCACCCCUAGGUCACUCCCCUUCAGCCGAGGAGACAAAGGCCUCAAAAGGAAAUUUUGCUUCCUGGACUCCAAAAUCCAGAAGUCACGAGGGGGCAAAGGCUCCAAGUUCGCCCCCUCUAAGUCAGAGUGUGGAGCUGGCUCUCCCCAUCAGAGGGAGCUGCGCAAUAAAGAGACCCCGGAGAAGACAGGGUUUGGUCGGUCAGCGGUAGAGGGGGGUACUCGGCAAACGAGCAAUGAGGACCCGGAGCUCACCGCUCGGAUGGAGGAGCUCCCUUUCAUGUCGACUACUGAGAUGUACCUGUGUCGUUGGCAUCAGCCUCCCCCCUCCCCCCAGCGCGAGCCAUCCCCAUCCCCAAAGAAAGAGGAGGUUGUGGCCAUCCCCUCUUGGAGGGAAAACCUUAUGGAGCCCUUGGAUGAGGAAGCUGCCAGUGUCAUCCCAGAGAUGUUGGACGACAGUGUCUUUUUGAAGCGCCAUGCAAAGCUGGAGUUGGAUGAGAAGAGGAGAAAAAGAUGGGACAUUCAGCGUAUCCGCGAGCAGCGCAUGUUUCAGCGUCUGCAGCAGCGCAUGAACAAGAAGAAGGGGAUCCAGGAAAGUGAGCCAGAGGUCUCGUCGUUUUACCCGGACACUGAAGAUGUCGAGUCCAUAAUCAUCACCCCUUUCCUGCCUGUGGUGGCCUUUGGCCGGCCAUUGCCGAAGCUCACUCAACAAUGGUACCAUGGUGCAGGUGGCGGGGCAGGGCGAGUUUCACAGAAAGACCUUUCAUCAAAAUGAACUUUGACCUGCCUUGGCUUGACGAGCGAUGCCGCUGCCGCAUUGAGGUGCCCAAAAAACACACACCACACCGGACCUGUCGGAAGUGAGGUGGUAUCUGCGUGUGUCAUGCAAGAGAGAGACCGCACCCUUCCUUUCCCAGAUGUGAAAAGUUUCAUUUUGUGGGUUUAGGCCGUCAGUGGUGUAGCAGGCACUUCUCAGUAGUCUGUGGAAAAGUAAACCACUGUCUUCCCGUGUGGUUACUUGCCAGCUGGCCUGGAGACGGAGCUGCUGGAGAUAAAGAAAAUGGCUACCAAUUUGAUUAGCUAUGGUAAAUUUGGUACCCAAUCUACUCAAAAGAAAUGAAAAGCUGCCCCCCCCCUUAGAUAACAGACCCCCUACUAACAACUUUGUGAUUAUAAGGUAAAACACAACUGUUACUUAAUGUCUGUAGUAAGUAACUAUUUAGUAAAAAGCAUGUUCUGUGAAGCAAACCUGGGGAGCACAAACAUUUCCCAAAUGUUUUGGAAUUCGGUGUAAUGUAAUACUUAAUUACUGCAUCAUCACUAAAAUGUGUAACUUUUGAUUAUUACUACAUUGUUACAUAGUUGUCUAUCUGACUUCACUUGGAGACUGUGAUCUAAAGGGUAAGAGAAGUGAUAUUUGACUGAAUGUCAGUGCUUGAAUUGUACAAUAUGCACAUUGCUACAACUAACCCUGUAUGCUGGAAGCUCCAUUGGCAUCUACAUGCUCGGUGUUUUGCUUAGAUUGAAACUGAACUAUUUUCCCUGUCUGUGUAUUAACUGUAAUAAUAUUUCCUUGUGUGGACACAGCUUCAAGCGAAAGGUUUUAUUAUUGUGCACUAAAGUGUGGAUAUAUGUUUGAUCCUCACUCUGCAUGUAUGUUUAAUCACAAAUGCAGUAAAUAUGAGAAAUGUCCUCUUCUGAUGCUAAAAUGAUUGUCCAUACUUUGCAUCAUGAAGAGAAGUUGGUUGUUUUAAAUGAGUACUUCUUGCCAGAAAAAAGUCAAAUUAAUUUGAGAACCAUGGAUCUUCUACAGUAUGCUUAUCAUGCGAGUCUGCAUGGUCUUUUUUUGAGGUGACAACUCUGUUCCAAGCGAUAUCAACUAUCAGCAUGGUUGAUCUGUAAAUGAAACAUUUCCGCUGAGUACAAUUCCGAGAAGAGUAAUACCUGAUUUAAUUUCGAAAGCAUGACUCUGGCUGCAUUAUUCAUAAAGCACUGCUUUGUUUAGACAACUGCCUUGUUUCUAGAACAAUCUCUGAGGAAUUUGCUCGUGUUUUUCAUUUUAGGAUGUUUUUUCCCCCAUGACAUCACAAAUUGCAGUAGACAACUGAGAUGGAUAUCAGUUUGGAAAACAUGGGUUGGCAUUAGAGUAGCCUAAUCAGCUAGAGUGCUCAAACUUAAUGCUGGGUAUUUUCCUUAUCUUAAAUGCUAGCUAUAUCUAACGAUAUUGGCAUCGAGCACCUGGCGAUGUUAAGCUUGUGUUCUGUCAUGUGUUAUCGCGUCAACAUUUUUACUUUUGGCUCGAUGGCUUCCUGGCUCUCCGACGCUACAGACCACACAAUACAGGCUAGUUUUGAAAUAAUGCGAAAUUGUUCUUCUGUACAUAGCUUUCAGGAACAAAUGUUGUAAAUAUGAAAUACAUGGCUUAUUUUUGUAUUAUUUAAAUAUUUGUGUUGAGUACAUUCAAUAUUGUUCUAUGAUAAUUGAUUGUAUGUUGACAAAAUAAUUUACAAAAGUUUGUUUUGGAAUAAAAAUAAAAAUUGAGUUGUCUUCAA